AUGUCGCCUCCUUUGUCUGUCUCGCCAGAGGCGGCGUUCAUCGCUGCUUCAGCCGCCUCUCAGAUUGUCACAAACGACCACGACAGCCACGCUGAUACAUGGUACGAUCAACAGGGUAUCGAGCCGUCUGGCGAGACCGCAUUGGUUUCACCGGCUGCGCUCACCCUGGUGAACAGCUUCCUCGACCAACUACUAUUCAACUUCCUCUCAAUAUCCGGAUCUACCACCCUGACUUCACUUCGGCCCGCCGUAUCAGAGGUUCUAAAGCCAAAGCUGGCCAAAGAUGCCAUUAAUCUGGCGGAUGAGGAGCUACGAGAAUACCUGGGUGGAGGUGAUGACGAUACUCUCCUGCAGCAAAAUGGUGGUGCAACGAAAGAUUGGGACCUAGAACUGGUCUGGAAAAGAACAAGAUUGAGAUGUAUGGUGUACUCUUCCCUCGGCGAUAUGGAGGAAGAGGAUGAAGACUACUACAUGGAGCGGGAGCAUCUGGAGGGGGGCGAUGAGAAGCUCGGCGAGACAGUCUCUCCCGCAGUGGCCAUCUUCCUCACAUCCAUCCUGGAGUUCAUGGGUGAACAAGCUCUGGUUGUAGCUGGGCAGGCUGCUUAUCAUCGCAUGCGCGCCAAGUACGAGAAGGAGCUGAGGGAAGGCGGAAGAAGCCCUGUUGAUGUGGCCGACAGAAUUGUUGUCGAGGAUCUCGACAUGGAACGAGUGGCUCUGGACAGAACACUUGGCAGGCUCUGGAGGGCUUGGAAGAAAAGGAUUCGAUCCCCCGGGUUUGGCAGCAUGGACCAGACCCAACGUCCAUAUUCGCGCGACUCGAACAAGGCCUCUCAAUUCAAUCACUUGAGACAACGCAGCAGCGCAGAAAGCGCAGUUCCUCAGGUGGUACAGGAGAAAACAGACGAAGCCGAGGCAGAACCUUCCCCGGAAAGCGUGUCUGGAGAGAAAGAGCUGGUGCAAGAGGAACCUGAGACCGAACCUGUAGAGGAGUAUCUACUUGCAGCUUCCAUUCCCCUUCCAGAAAGGGAAAAUGAUGUGGCCGAGAUCGAGGUGCCCGGCUUGACCUACUAUAGCGACGAAGAGGAAUCUGAAUACGAGGCCGAAGAAGAGAGCGGCCCCUUACGACCCAAGAGCUUAAUGAUCUUCCCCCAGACGAACAGCGCCGACCUUCCCACUCCGACCACAUCACAACCUCACACCCCUACCUUUGCUCCGCGCAAACGAUCCAAUUCGCUUCCCACCCCCGCCGCUUCUCCUUAUACGUCUCCCCGUAGACGUGUCAAGAUCGUCCCAGUCGCAGCUCAAUUAGCCGAGACUGCGCAAGAUUCGGAGAAGCCUGAGCAACAGGAGAUCGCGAAGCCUGAUCAGACCGCGGCCAAUUCUCAGGAGCUAACAUCUGAAAAUAUGGAGACCAUUGAGCAGAACGUGACCGAAGAGAAGCCCAAGCGCAUCUCCACCGGUCCUAUCGCAACCAUUGUCACUGGUGCAGCUGCAGUUGGGACCGCAGCUGUUGCAGGGCUCAAGGCCAUAGCUCAGGGCUCUACGGUUCAGACGGAGGUCGAGUCUGACGAGGAAGAUGCCGGCGAGAUCGAGGACUUUGUUGAGGAGCCAGAGAUCCUGACCUCAUCCAGAAUUUCCAUCAGUGGUCGUAGUAGCUCACCCGCCGCUUCUGAUCACGGCAAGACUCUGACUAUUCAACCAACGCACCCUGCGAGAUCAGGAAGUGUGCAUUCUCUACGACUGGUUGAUGUCACCAGUCCUCGAAGCCCCACAACAAGAUCUCGAGGAAGCUCAAUUCACGAACUUGAGUCCGCUCCCAAUGGGCGCCCACUCAGCCUGUCUCGGACUAGCAGUCUGAAUACGCCGCCAAUUGUGGAAGAGGAACACAAGGUUGAGGACAUGAAGCUUCCUCUAAGAAGCCCCGUCGCCCACUCGAGCAUAUCUAGAUCCUACACCGCUGAGUCAAUUUCUGAGGCUGAGGAGAUGCUCGAAGAGCCAUCAGAGAGUCGCACACCAACCCCUCCAAUUGCAGUCUCGGCACCAACGCCCAAGGCCAAGCGAUCAGCCAGCCCAAGAGAACAUGUCCAAGUAGAUACGCCUAUGGAGCAGCCUCAGCCCAUCUUUGGCUCAGCUGUACGAGAGCGAUAUUCACCACCUCAGUCGCCUGCUAAAACAAAGGUCACUAUCUUGAGCUCUUCAACAUCGAAUGGCACAUUCUUCAUGGAUGAUAAGCCAGAACCACCCGUAAAGCCAGUUCAGUGGGCUCAGCCACCCGCUCCUGCUCCCACGCUUCCCGAACGAAAUGUGAGCCGACAGGUCAAUGGCAAGGCUUACUCGCCUCCUCAGUCUCAUGUCCAGUCCAUGGGCAAUGUGUCAGUGGAUCGAACCCGAGAGUCGCCCGAAUAUUCUCGUCCAUCUCAGGACCAAAGCACGAUGCGACAGUUGCACACUUCCGGCUCUUCAACUGCUUCCUCGACUAACAAAGUCAAGCCAGUACGUGCCUCUCACGAAAGCUCACGCCCGGAAGAGGUUGCUCGAAAUUUCGAGGAGCUUAUCCAAAGCGACCAAACCAUUCAGUACACUCUCACUCCCGAAAACAUGCGUGACUUUGAUAACAGCACCAGCAGCCCCAUCAUGCCUGUCAGAAGCAGGAAGAGCGAGGAUGCGCGCAACGGCAACCGUUCCCGCUCCUCAUCCGUGAACAGACCGGCUGAGAUCAAGAGAUCAACAUCAGUAUCUCGCCCUACAGGCCUGAAUUCGCAUCCUGUUAGCGACUCGCCGUCUAGCGGUAGACUCGCAGGCCCAGUCCCAAGAGCACCACCUGUGUCCAUGCAGAACAGGAAUCGGGGGAGUGGUCCGCAAGCCAGAGAUGCCAGAGUUCCUAGAGAGUCUCUGGCCGACUUUGCUGAGUUCAUUCGCGCUACUGGGCCACCUGGAGAAUCUGGUCCUGCAGCCUACGGUCGUGGAGCGAGUGCUGUACGGAAUGCAAGUGGACCCAUCCCAGUAACAGCUAAGACGAGCAUCGAUUCUGGUCGCGCGUCCACUGCAACAAAUCCGAACAGGCAUCGCUACGAAGCUCGCGAGCCGGUUGUCAAUAACAGGGAUGAUAAUUCUGACUUGAUCGACUUUAUUCGCCGCGGUCCUCCGAGCGCACACAACCCGCGCAUUCCUAGGACUGUUGCGCCAUUCCGCACGACGAUGGACUCUGAUCAACUGCAAGGAGCUGUCGGAGGCAAAGCCGUCGAUGCGAUGCUGCCGGAUAUCCGCCACAGUCAAGCUUCGACUAAUGUGACAGACAUGUCAAUGCCCUCAGUACAGUCAUCUAUCAACUCACAGAGUGCACUGCUUGGUAGCAGCAGCAGCAGGAACAAGCCUUUGCCGCAGCAGUCCAAGAAUCAGUUCGACGAUGACGAUAUGCUCCCUAAGCGUAAGCAGCGUCGUGUGCGAGACCCAUAUGCUAUAGACUUCAGCGACGAGGAAGAGGACGACUUGUUCGAGGAGACACCCAGAAGAAAGGCACCUCCUAAAGAGGAGAGCUUGAUAGACUUCUUGAAGAAUGCACCGCCUCCACCGGAGACGUCACCGGUACCCUUCAACAUCCAGCAGGCUCAGGCACAGAACGCUCCCCUGCCUAAGAAGAAGGCCAGCGCUUCAAGCCUUAUUGCUCGAUUCGGGCGGACCAACAGCUCGCACGGCAAAGCCCCAGGCAGUCCUACGACUAUCCGAGGAAUGAUGGAUUUCAGGUCUUCGAGUAGUCGCUCAGGUAGCAUCAGCAAUGGCCGCCAUGUUCCCAUACAGGCGAAUGCACCCCCCGUUCGGAACCAGUAUGGCGGCGGUAACUACGGUGCUACUUCUGGUGGUGUAUCAGGCAUGAACUCGUCAUCUAUGGGCGGACGUGUGCCGAUGAAGAAGUUCCAGGCACGAGACGCCACCCCGAUGCCCUCGCGCGAGACAUCUGACUUGGCUGAAUUCUUACGCAACUCUGAGCCUCCGCCGUCCAUGACAGCGAGCCCCUACGGAGGAAGUGCUGAUCAAGACACGAAUGGCUUUGCGAAGGUCUUUGCUCGCCGGAAGAAGGCGAGCUUCGCAUAA